AUGAAUACACGCUCAUCUUUGUUUCAUUUGGUUGUACGCCAGCAGCCAUCCAAAGCAAGAUUGUGUAGUUUCAAAGAGAAAGUCGACAGAAGGCCCAUUGAUCCUCCUCCUAUCAUACAGCUAUCGAGCAAUCAGCCAGAUGAUGAAUACCUUCAAAAUCCAUACUUUUUUCUAUACGCCACAUUAACUGAUGUACGUGGCGAGACAGAUUUACAUUUCGUCAAUGGUAAUAGAACUACAGCUGGAACCGUCGUACAAUCUCUCCAUAAACUUAAAGAUCAUGACAAUACAGAUGGUGGCUUCUUUAUAUUCUCAGACAUCAGUGUCCGUUUAGAAGGAUACUAUAGAUUGAAAUUUACCCUGUACGAAAUAGAUGGUCCUCUUGUCAAUCGUCUAUGCUCCAUUGUAUCAGACGUGUUUCAAGUAUACUCUCCAAAGAGUUUCCCUGGCAUGUCAGAAUCUACCUUUCUUACCAGAUCUUUUUCUGAUCAAGGCGUACGGAUUAGAAUCAGAAAAGAGCCAAGAAGCUCAUCAUCCAGUGCAAGUGCUUCUGGCAAGCGACGAAAGAGACAGGACGAAUACGAAUCAGAUGAAGAUGAUUAUUCUCCACAGGAUAGUCCAAUGCCAAGACCACAACCACAUCUACACCGGAGGCACUCUCAAUACCAGCAAGCAUCCCAAGUGCCAUCGUCUAUGCAACUUUCACUUCAGCAACAGCAACAGCAACAGCAUCAUCAUCAUCAGCAUCAACAGCAGCAGCAGCAUCAUCCAUCAUAUCCUCCUUCUUCUUCUGCAUUUUAUGGAAGAUCGCCAUCGCCUUUACCUGAACCGCAGUUGAUUGAAUGUAGAUACGAGUACAACAAAACUUUUGACAUGCGGCCUACUUUACCCUCUCCAAAGGAGAUCUUUCGCCCUUCUCCAAUGUCAAUGCAGAAUUUGCUAUCAAGCAAUAAUGACGAGAAAAUAGCUUCUUUUCCUCCAACACCAGUACCUGAAGAUAAAAGCAGAUUGUUCUCUACCAGAGUCUUGCCGUUACCCAUGCCAUCUCACCAUGUCAAAAACGAAACAGUGGACAAGAUUAAGCAAAAUAACCAAACGCCCACAUCAUCGCCUUCUAAUACAACGUCUAAUUCAUCUACAUCUUCAUCUCCUUGGCUGCAACAUAGAGGACAACUGCCAAUGCAAUUACCACACCCUCCUCCAUUGCCAUCGACUUCAGCUUCGUUUACACCAUCAAACGCAACGAGAAGACUGUAG